ACCAGUCAGACUAUAGAAGGAAGAAGAAAAUGUCCAUGUAGUUGUCUGUGUUUACUGCAUUACUCACAGUGUCAUUUCAGCAUUCACUAUGGCACAUGCUGCGCUGCUGCUGCUGAUCAGCUCGACCGUUUCUGUGGGUCCAGCUGUAAGUUUCUACGGGGCGUCGAUGACCUUCACGCCUGGAAACAGAUAUCCAGAUGGAACAGUGGAGAUGCACUUUUACUACAGAGAGUCUGGUAAACUGCCCUGUGAUCCUCAAGCCUCAUGGGUCUGUGAUAGUGGUGACUGCGGUGUUCUCACAUACGCAGAGCCUGACAUAACGGAUCAGGACCGCUCGGGUCAGAUCCUCUGGUGCCAGUCUAAACGUCACAUGACCACCAAUGUCAGUGGUGAAGAGCCCUUCACUCUGAGAGGCUCUGGUUGCUGUUGGGCAAACAAUGUUAAUGAUGUCCAUGAAUGGAUGCUUCGCAGUCUUGUUGACACAGGACGACGUUCAGACACUCGGACUACAAACAGGUCGCCUGUUUCAGCAACAAUACCAAACAUAAGGGUUCCUCAGAACUGUUUUCAGAGUCUUCACCUGCUGGUCUAUGAUCCAGAUGGAGAUGAUGUGAGAUGCAAGUGCCAAUCUUGCCAUCGACACCCAAACAUACUUCUUGAUGAGGACUCAUGCACUCUGAGUAGUAAUGGCACACUGGACCUGGGACUGCAUGUUUUUGAGUUCACGCUGGAGGAUUAUCCUGCAUCAAACAUCACUUUGAUGAAUGGUGAUGGGAUCUCUUUCAGAAAUCCUUAUAAUCAGACUGCCAGCGCUAACCCAGCUCCACUCAGUCAAGUGCCUCUGCAGUUUGGAGUAGAAAUCCAAACACCAGUCCACAGUUGUGAACCAGGGGUGAUCAGGCCAAGUUUUCUGACACCAACUCCCUUACAUGGAGAUGUUCAACAUGCAGCUGUGGGAUGUGUUCACACCAUCACUAUCCGUGCCCAGAGUUUGGGCCACAGUACAUUUGAUUUCCAGGUCAGUGGACCAUGGAAUAUGUCAAAGACCUUAAGAAAUGCCAGUCAAGGAAUUACUGAGGCAACACUGACCUGGACACCACAAGAAUCUGACCUGCAUCAUCAUGUACCUGUGUGUUUCGCUGCAGAGACAAUUCAGAGUCAGUCAGAAAUGAGGUGCAUCGUGAUUGCUGUGGCAAAAUUGAGGGUUCUCUCAGGUGAAGCAGAAGUCUUCUGUGAGGAUAACAGUAUCAGCAUUGCAGUAAGCAAAGCCUCUCUGAAGGGGAUUGAUCAAAACUGGCUCCAACUGAGAGAUCCCACCUGCUCUCUUACUUCCAAUGACACCCAUAUCCUGGGCACCAUGUCCCUCAACACCUGUGGUACCAGGAUGGAGGACUCAGGAGACUUCUUGGUCUUCAAAAAUGAGAUCAAUUCUUUUGAGGACCCUAAUAAAGUAAUCACCAGACGCAGUCAAGUUAAAAUAGGCUUCUCCUGCCAGUACCCCAAAGUGGCCAGUGUUUCUAACCACUACACCAACAAGAAGUCUGACUACAUCUUCACUGAAUCCAGCUUUGGCACUUUUAGUUACUCGUUUGAUAUUUUUACUAACAAUAACUUCAGCAGUUGGGUAGAUCCCAGUCUGUAUCCACUGGAGAUAAAUUUGAUGGAUAUGCUCUACAUGGGUAUUGCAGCUCAUUCUGCUCUCCCUGAGGUCCGGAUCUUUGUGGAGUCUUGCAGAGCCACUCCAGAUGACAACCCAUACAGUGCCCUAUUUUAUGACAUCAUUAAAGAAGGGUGUAUUAUGGAUGACACAGUUGAGGUUUAUCCAAGUGAUCCAAGAACGUAUGACUUUGGGAUCCACGCGUUCAAGUUCACAGGUGGCUACAAUGAGGUGUACAUUACCUGUUCUGUGAUUCUGUGUGCGGAAGGAAAUUCAAACUCAAGAUGUGCCCAAGGCUGCCUUAGAGAACCCUCACACAAACGCAGACGAGACGUAAGCAAAGAAACCGCCAGGCAUUACAUCAAGCAGGGUCCCUUCCGUGUGGUGAGACGAACUCAGCAUUCAGCACCAGCUUCAGAAAAUGGUGGUUCUCUUCAUGUCAGGGCAGGCACCGGGGUCUUCGCAGGACUCUUCAUAAUCUCCAUUGCGGUGCUGGUGGGGUUGUUGGUCUAUAAAGCCAAAAAAACAAGAGCACCUGACCGCAUGUAUCUGAUGUCCAACUUCUGAAAUAAUUGUUUCAUUCCAGAUCAUUAAAUGAAUUUUCAGUUUUCUUUUUAUGAAUUUUCUUAAUGCAAUAAAUAAUUUAGAUUGA